UCGAUCACCCUGCAUUUGUUAAAUCAUAAACUUGCCACUGUGUUCAAUUUCAGUUUACUAUGCAGCUACUUGAUUAUUGCUCGUUACAGCAGGAGUUGUGGACGAAAAGUGCAAAAGCUGUCAUUUCUUGUGUUAUUUUUACAAAUUCAGUCAAACUUCAAUUUAUUAAUAUUAAAUAAAUUAUUAAAAUUAUUUUGUGAGUACUUGCAAGUGUCGGGAUAGGAAAUGGAAGCAGCGCCUACCGCUGAACUCGUUUAUCAGGGUAUCUGUACCCUCUUUCACAAUAGUAAUCCCAAAGAGAAGGAGAAGGCCAACAAAUGGCUGGAAGAUUUCCAGAAGUCGAUAUAUUCAUGGACAAUCGCGGACGAGCUUCUACAACAGAAACGCGAUUUGCACUCGUGUUAUUUUGCAGCACAGACGAUGCGAAAUAAAAUUCAAAAUUCUUUCAAUGAGCUACCACCUGCAUCACACGAAUCACUGCGAGAUUCUUUGAUUGUUCACAUAGGGCAAAUCACAAAUGAAACCGAUGCAGUAAUUGUGACUCAACUGAGUCUCGCUGUUGCUGACUUGGCAUUGUUGAUGGCUGCUUGGAAGCAACCAAUUAUUGAUCUGUUGGAACUGUUGUCACCACAACCACAUGCCGUUUGGCCUUUGCUGGAGAUACUGACAUUAAUACCAGAAGAAAUAGAUUCGCGGUAUCUGCGGUUGGGCUCCAAUCGGCGCGAAGAGAUACACAAGCAAUUAGAUGCUGCUGCACCCAAAGUACUUGAAUUUCUAUGUGUCUGCUUGCAACGGCACGAUUGCCCCCAAGAGCGCCUACUUAGUUGUAGUCUGCGCUGUUUCAGCGCAUGGGUGGCAGUACAGGCAAUACCCAUACACCAUUUCACCGAGAACCCGGUGGGUCAACAAGUUUUCCAGCUGCUCAGCAGCGGAGAUACAACUCGAAAACUGCAUGACACAUCUACCGAGUGCUUGUGCGCAUUGCUCAGCUGCAUUGAGGCCAAUACUAGUCGAUAUAGCUUAGACCCAGCUAUGGAAGCAAAAAUAUUCAAUGCAGUUUGUUCGCUGGAGACAGCUUACCAUAUUAGCGUGGCACACGAAGACAUCGACAAAACUAUGAACUUCUGUCGCAUAUUCACUGUUUUAUGUGAAGCUUACUUCUAUGAAAUGCUUUCCCAGGAAGAUGUACCACAUUAUUCCAUAAAAGGAUUGGAUUUGGUGCUGAUGUGCGUGGGCCACUUUGACUAUGAGGUUGCAGAAAUCACAUUUAAUUUGUGGUAUCGUCUGAGUGAGGAUCUCUUUCAACGUUAUAAUGACAAGUUAACUUCACAUUUUAAGCCACAUAUUGAACGGCUUUUGGGUGCUCUCUACCGUCAUGCGCAAAUGGACGCAGAUCACGACGGGUUAAUCGAAGAAAAUGAUAGUUUUAAUGAAUUUCGGCGAAAAGUGUCUGACUUAAUUAAGGAUGUGGCCUUUAUAGUCGGCUCAGGCGCCUGUUUUAAACAAAUGUUCCUUAUACUGCAGGCACCAAACACUACAUGGGAGUCAACAGAGUCUGCUUUGUUUAUUAUGCAAAAUGUAGCCAAAAAUAUAAUACCUGAUGAAAAUGAAGUUAUCCCCAAAGUCGUGGAGGCCAUACUUAAUCUGCCCGAUAAUACACACAUUGCUGUACGCUACACUUCGAUUAUGCUGUUGGGCGAACUGUGUGACUGGAUCGAAAAUCAUACAGAAUCACUGCAAGCUGUGCUAAAUUUCCUGCUUUUUUCGCUACAGCAAAAAAAUGGAUUAGCUGCUGCCGCUGCGAUAGCGCUCACCUCCAUCUGUUCGGCUUGUCGACAGAAAAUGGUUUGCCACAUUAAUGGUCUCGUAGAGAUAGCGCGUAGUCUGGAUAGUUUUGAAAUUAACAACGAGCUGGCCAUUGGCCUCUUGAAGGGCAUUUCCCUUAUACUAUCUCGUCUCCAUCGCACACAAUUAGAGACAGCAAUGCGUGAAAUUAUUUCCUUUCAAUUACAACCGUUGGCACAAUUGGUUGAAAACUCAGCUGUCACAUUGGCGACCAUGCAGAAGGGCGAACGCACUGAUCCGGCUUACUGGAUUGAUCGCGCAUGUGCUGUUAUACGUCACACGAAUCCUGAUAUUGGCGACGCUGAGCUGCAUCCAACUUUACAAAUACUCACAGAUGCAUGGCCAUUAUUAUCACAAGUUAUGGACAAAUAUCAAACAGAUGUACGCGUAAUGGAGCGUACUUGCAGACUCAUACGCUACGGCGUGCGUAUGGUGCGGAAACAGGCUUCACUCCUGGUUGAACCAUUGGUGAAGCAAAUGAUUUGUAUUUAUACGUUACAUCACCACAGCUGCUUUUUGUACCUCGGAUCGGUGCUAGUCGACGAAUUCGCAAAGGCUGGCGAAUGCAUACCAGGCCUUUUGGAAAUGUUAAAAGCUUUUAUUGAACCCACCUUCAGCAUGUUACAGGUGGAAAACGGUCUCAAGAAUAAUCCAGACACCGUGGAUGACUUCUUUCGUUUAUGUUCGCGCUUUAUCGAGUGCUGUCCCGUUCCAUUCCUGCAAAGCGCGCUCGUCACACCCAUCUUCCAAUGUGCCCUGCUAGCCUGCACGCUCGACCAUCGGGAAGCCAACUCAUCGGUGAUGAAAUUCUUCUGUAACCUAUUAAAAUGGGGUCGAAGUUCGAAUCAACGUCAUCCCGAAUGUCGUCCUUUGGUGAAGGAAAUCGCGCAACAAAACGGCGAAGCGCUCGUUAUGAAUCUGAUACACGCGUCAGUUUUUUGUCUGCACUCUUACAUGUUGUCCGAUGUUGCGGACGUGGUUUACGAAUUGAAAUUGGUUGUGACAAAUGAGCAUGUGCAGGCUUAUGUGAAGACCGCACUGGAUGCUCUACCAAAGCGAAAUAGUGGUGGUUAUGUAACAGCAACGCAGCAACAAUUGGACGAUUUUACUGCCGCAUUGUUGGGCGCCGAUACUCCCAAAACGAUAACUGUGGCGUUAAAGAAUUUCACACGCUUGUACCGCUAAUUUAGCAGCACAAACUACAAUGCGCAAUUUUGACUAUAUAUUUUAUAUAGCAUACUACGUACACAAAUACAUAUAUUUAAUGUAUUUAACAAAAAUUGAUAAUUUGUUAAACAUUUCAACGAUUCCCCGCAGGAAUUUUUACAAAGUCAACUUUUAACGACUGACCAUAAAUAUGUAAUAUUUUAUAUUUAAUUAGUAUAUUUAACUAUCCAUGGGUUUUGAAAUAAACAUGCAUAUGUAUUUGUGCAUGGCAAUUUCCGCAUUAAAAGUUGAA